GCAGACAUUGCAGUCCGGGCGAGCGGCGGAGGCGCUACCACGCCUGCGCAGUCCGGUGCUGUGCGUGCGACUGGGCAAGGAAGGAUAUCCGCAGUUGGGGACGGGCGGCCCGGAGGAGCACGCACUGUCAUGGCGGCGACUGAAGUCGGGUUAGAGGGCGGCGACACCCCUGCUGGCCUGAGGCCGGACGCCAGCACGCAGCGGGCUGAGCUCAUGCCCCUGUUGGGGGCGGCUCUGAGGCCGGGGGAGUCCUGGUACCUGAUUGACAGUCGGUGGUUCAAGCAGUGGAAGAAAUAUGUGGGCUUUGACAGCUGGGACCUGUACAACGUUGGAAAGCCCAGUCUUUUUCCUGGACCGAUUGAUAACUCCGGGCUUUUUGCAGAUCCAGAAGCUCAGACCUUGAAAGAGCACCUCAUUGAUGAGUUGGAUUAUGUUUUGGUUCCUACUGAAGCCUGGAAUAAAUUAGUCAAUUGGUAUGGCUGUAUAGAGGGUCAGCAACCAAUAGUAAGAAAAGUUGUAGAAUAUGGUCUGUUUGUGAAGCACUGUAAAGUAGAGGUUUAUCUUUUGGAACUGAAGCUAUGUCAGAACAGUGAUCCUGCUAAUCUUGUGAGCUCCUAUUUCAGCAAAGUAGACACUGUUGCUACCAUUGAAAAAGAAAUGCGAAAACAGUUUAAUAUCCCUGAUGAGAAGGAAACUAGGCUGUGGAGCAGAUACAUGAGUAAUUCUUAUGAGCAGCUAAGCAAACUUGACAGCACUAUACAAGAUACAGGACUCUAUCAGGGACAGGUAGUAUUAAUAGAAGUGAAGAAUGAAGAUGGUACUUGGCCCAGGCAAUCUUCUAUGGCAAAAUCAAGCACUGCAACUAGCAGAAAUCUAGCUACCUCUUCCAAAUCACCAGCAAGUUCUUGCUCUUCAGUGGUUGCUUCUUCAACUAUUACAAAUGGUGAUAGCAAUAACUCCUAUGGAUUGAACUGCUCUAGCCUUGGCAAAGGCGGCUCUAGCUUUUCUUGCAAUUCCUACAACAGGGAGAGCCCUCCUCAGUCACAGCCUGGUCUCUGUGGGCUCAGUAACCUGGGAAAUACAUGUUUCAUGAACUCUGCAUUGCAGUGUUUGAGUAACACACCUCCACUGACUGACUAUUUCUUGGAAGAUGAAUAUGAAGCUGAAAUAAAUCAGGAGAACCCUUUGGGAAUGAGAGGAGAAAUUGCAGAAGCAUAUGCAGAGCUCAUCAAACAGAUGUGGUCUGGAAGGCAUUCUCAUGUGGCCCCCCGCAUGUUCAAAACCCAAGUUGGCCGCUUUGCUCCUCAGUUUUCAGGGUACCAGCAGCAAGAUUCCCAGGAGCUACUGGCUUUUCUUCUAGAUGGUUUACAUGAAGAUCUAAACAGAGUAAAGAAGAAACCCUACUUGGAGUUGAAGGAUGCUAAUGGAAGGCCUGAUUCGGUGGUGGCAAAAGAAGCUUGGGAGAACCAUCGACUACGUAACGACUCUAUCAUCGUAGACAUUUUUCAUGGUCUCUUCAAAUCCACAUUGGUUUGCCCCAAAUGUUCUAAAGUUUCUGUGACUUUUGACCCUUUUUGCUACUUAACCCUUCCAUUGCCCUUGAAGAAAGAUCGAACCAUGGAAGUUUUCUUGGUCUUUGCAGAUCCACAGCUCAGACCUACUCAGUACAGAGUAGUUGUUCCGAUGAUGGGAGCUGUAUCUGAUCUGUGUGAUGCACUCUCAAAACUCUCCGGCGUCCCUGCAGAAAAUAUGGUGGUGACAGAUGUUUAUAAUCACCGGUUCCACAAAAUUUUUCAAAUGGAUGAAGGCUUAAGUCAUAUUAUGCCAAAAGAUAACAUCUUUGUAUAUGAGGUUUACAAAUCAACCAAGGAUGGUGCUGAAUACGUCACUCUUUCAGUCUACUUCAGAGAAAAGAAAGCAAGACAAUCCAGUGCUACUCCAGGGACUGUUCUUUAUGGCCAACCACUACUCAUAGCUAUACCCAAACACAAGCUCACCCUAGAUCACUUGUACAGUGUUAUAAUGGAGAGGAUUGGCCGCUAUGUAAAACUUUCUUUGAUGGAAGAAUAUUCUGAUGUAUGUCCAGAUAGUGGAACUUGCAAUGGCUCUAGUGAUGUAGCUGAAGCAGGUGAAGUUGAAGAGAUGGAACAUCAGAAUGGAGAGCAAGAAAGUAAGGAGAAAGUAUUAGAAACAGAUGCCUGCCAAUCAGAAGACUGCAUCCAGGAUGAGCUGGGAAAGGAGAAUCUACACCACAGGAAGCAUCUCUUCAGCUUCAGUGUUGUCAAUUCCUAUGGAACGUCGGAGAUAAACUCCCUUACCACAGAGGGGAAAAUUCUCAAGUUGAGUUCCCAUGCUACUCUUGCUAUUGAUUGGGAUUCUGACACUCGGAAGUUGCUUUUUGAUGAACAAGAGGCACAGGCAUUUGAGAAACACAGCAGUAUGUUCCAGCCACAGAAGAAGAAAAUUACUGUAGCUCUUAGAGAUUGCAUAGAACUCUUCACUACAAUGGAAACACUUGGUGAACAUGACCCCUGGUACUGUCCUAAUUGCAAGAAACACCAGCAAGCCACCAAGAAGUUUGAUCUCUGGUCACUUCCACGUAUUUUGGUCGUGCAUUUAAAACGCUUCUCAUAUAACAGAUACUGGAGGGAUAAGCUUGACACUGUGGUGGAAUUCCCAAUCAGGGAUUUGAACAUGUCUGGGUUUGUUUGUGAUCCAGCAGCAAGCCCAUACAUAUAUGACCUCAUUGCUGUUUCCAAUCACUAUGGAGGCAUGGGUGUGGGCCACUAUACUGCAUAUGCAAAGAAUAAAGUCAAUGGUAAAUGGUACUACUUUGAUGAUAGCAGUGUGUCUCCAGCAUCUGAAGACCAAAUAGUGACAAAAGCAGCAUAUGUACUGUUCUACCAACGGAGAGAUGGGAAACUCAAGAGAGACCUAUCUCCUCGCACAAGCGUUGAGUGGGCAUCGGAGGAAUGUGAUGGCAUGGAUACUAACUGAGCCUACCUGGCAGUGUUCAAAUAGUCAAUUGCUCAUUUGAAAACUCAUCUGAGAACUGAUCUUGUCCAUCUUAAGACUCUGAUAGGAAACCCAGCCUGGAAGGGCUCAGUGAGCAGUGACAAUGGAUAGCACAGAGGAAGCAAUAAGAUGACACUUGGACAUAUUCUAGCCAAAGAGCUUUUAAGACAAAUUAUAUCUUAGCCAUUCAAUAAAGUGUUUUCUAAAUCUGACAACCUAGUGUGGCAGAAGCUGUGUGGAAGCAGGAGUUAUGCUGUGUGACUGGAGCAAUGCAUGAUAAGAGAUGCCUGUGUUGGAUUGCAAGAGGAAACUCAAAACCUGGGCUGUAAAUAGGCUAGAACUGAGGAACACGUGUUUUGAGCUCUAUGCAUUGUGAAAGAUGCCUGAGUUGUGAAUUGUCUGGAGCAGUGUAGUGAUGCCCAUUUGGCAUCAGCUUUAGUCUCAUGAAGCACGUUGCUGACGAUGAGGGGUGAGCUGGUGUGUGUGUGCCUGUGCGCAUGCUCCUCUGUUCUUUGCCCUGGCCCUUUAUACCCCAUACAGGAGACUGCUGGCUAAUCUGUAAGUGGCACCUCUUAUCUGCCCCCACAUCAUGUUAUGAAUUGCUUGAUCUCUCAUUCACUUCUGACCAUUUGGGGCACUCAGCACUCCAGGACCUCAGGGGCUGCAACUAAGAGAAAAAAUUGCUUUUGGGAAAAACCGCAGCUAUUCCACUCUGCCUUCCCUGCAGCAGUAUUUGCAAGGCCCAUUCUUCACAUUAAUCCUGUAUAUGGUUUGCUUGAUCUGCAUUUCUUCCAACAGCCCAAAUUUUCUUGGCCUAGUUCAUAUGGUAAUGUAGACAGCUUGCUACGGGAAGACUUCUCGAACUUUAUUCAUGUGGCCUAUCAAAUAUCUGGAAUAACUUUCCCUGAUACAAACAGUAGAACAAAAUUAAUUCACUUCUGUUUCUGUGCAAAGCAUUAACAGCACUGUGAAAUAUUCAGGCCCUUUCCUUCACAAAGGCUUCAAAUAAACAGAUGCUGAGUGGUUUGUAUUUCUUUCCAUUCUUCCCUACCCAUUUUUUCUUUCUUUUUAGCUAUUUAUCACAGCUGUGUGAAGUCUCCUCCUAUUGCUCCUGUCCUGCUUUAGGUUUUUUUGCAUUUGUAAAUUGGGGGUAAGAGGAUACGUUUAUGCUCUCCUCAUUGCCAACCACCUCCACUGUUCUAAGCCUCUGCGUACUCGGGUGGAGGCUAUAAUUAUGCCUAUCUAAGCAGCAUGGAUGAGGACCUGGUACGGGGAGGGAGCUUGCUCACCAGAGAUCUCACAGAAUUAUGUCACCUUGAGACAUUUGCCAUUAAGCAGUAAUUGCUUUGAAGUGUUCCUUGGCGUCUCUGUAAGGGGGUGUUUCAUUUUGUGCUCUAAACAUGUUCCCAGGGAUCAGGUUUCCCUUUAGCAGACUGGGGAGCAUUUCUUUCCCAGAUUGAUUCUGUGCUGAUCUCCAUGCUAUGCUCAGGCAAGUAGUAGUACCAAUGGCACAGCCAGCCCACUUGUCAUCUUAGCAGAAUCAAUUAAAAGUGGUCAAGUGGUGUGUUCUGUCUUUUGUAGCUGUGAGCAGAGUCCUUGCUACCUGCUGCAUUCUGUUUCUGGCCAUCUUCCAGUGAUUACAAUAUCGAUUUCCAGAAUGGUCCUUCUUAAUUUAAGAGCACUGAUCUUCUAAUUGUUUGGUUCAGGUGGUGAUGUUUCUAGGUUUUAAAAGUUGGUUUGAGGUUUUAUCUCAACCAAAUGUUUCUUCUGCACACUGGGAUGGAGGGUGGGUGGUGCUUGGAAUUAUUUAAGGUUAAGUUCAAAAAUGUAGCACUGCACUGUUUUGUGUUUUCCUGGGUUAUGUAUUCUUUUGGAAUGUAACAUUUGGACUGAUAAGCAAAUAUUUAAAAACAAUUUAAUGUAACCAGUAUGUAUUUCUGCUCCAUACUAAAGUAGGAUUUUUUUUCACUACUUAGUAUGGUCAAACUUGAGCGCACAAUUUGUUUGAGUGUUUUGGUGCUCUUGAGCUAAAUUUCUUCUAAAUCCUAUAAAGAUGAUGAUAGGAACCUGGAUUUGCCUCUGAUCAGGCUGGAUCCUAGCUGGUGUGUAUAUUCUGUAUAGUGUCAAAAUCUGUUUUUAGACUAGCACUUUGUAAGUGGCUGGCUUUACUGUAUAAAGGAAAAAUAAUAAAAAGAGUGGAUUGAACUGA